UGCAUCAGUCGUUCUUUAGUAAUUUGACGAGUUCGAAUUCUUUAAAGAGGGAACCAAAAGAAAAAGGGCAUCGAAAAUGAAGAUCGCAUACCUGAUCGUUCUAACAGUGUUCCUCGUUUACACCGAGGCUAAAAUAGUACCAUCUAGCAAUGUUGAAGCUCAACAAACGAAUCAACCUCUUCAUUUAUCCGAAUUAAUUAGUCAAGCACAAGCAAAUAUCAAUACUCUGGCAGCUCAGUUUCAAGAAAAAAUAAAUCUUCCUGAUCAAGAAACUAUCGUCAACACCGUCAAGGAACAGAGCACGAGUUUCGUGAACAAUUUACAACAAUUCGUGAAAAAUGUAACCGAACAGGUUAGCGAGAAAACUCCAGAAUUAGAAAGACUGUGGGUCGAUGUCAAGGGAAAAUUAAACAAGGUUGUUGAAGAUAUCAAUGCUCAAAUUCCAAAUGCAAGUGAACAAGUAAAUCAAUUACAAACCAAGUUACAAGAAGGAUUACAAGUCCUCGUACAAGAAUCCGACAAGACAGCUAAAGCUGUUAGCAAAAAUUCUGAGAAAGUACAAGAAGACAUUGCCAAAUUUACGAAACAAGCUGUCGAACUUGCCGUAGAAACCACACAAAAUCUAAACACUCAAUUGCAACAAGCAGCCAAAACUAGUUAAAAGAAUAUAUAUAUACACAAAUUAAUAAAUAAAAAAGAAACAAGAAAAAGAAUGAUUUAAAACUCGUCGAACUUUUCUUAUUAACAAAACGAAUUAAUUAAAAUUAAUCUAAACACACAGUGAUGCAGUUUCGAUAAAUACGAGAAAAAAAAAAAAGAAGAAAAAAGGAAACACGUGUUAAGAUGAAAGACUAUUUUUGUAUUUGAAAAAAAAAAAUAAUAAAUAAAUAAAUAUAUUUUACUAUAUAAAA